AUGGUGUUUUCCUGGGGAGGCGUCUUGGGAGCUCAGCAGUUACUAUUCCUAUUUCUUCUCUACACGUCCUGGGAGAUGGGGAGCGGUCAGGUCCAUUACUCGCUGCCUGAAGAAGCAAAACACGGUACGUUUGUGGGACGAAUCACGCAGGACCUGGGUCUGGAGGUCGGGGAGCUGGUGUCGAGGCUGUUCCGGGUGGUGUCCAAGGGCAGCAGGGACUACCUGGAGGUAAAUGUGCAGAAUGGCAUUUUGUUUGUGAAUUCUCGGAUCGACCGGGAGGAGCUGUGCGGACGAAACCUGAUUUGUAGCAUCCACCUUGAGGUGAUCGUGGAGAAGCCGCUGCAGGUUUUCCAUGUGGAGGUGGAGAUCAAGGACAUUAAUGACAACCCACCCUUGUUCCCAGUGAAGGAACAAAAGCUGUUUAUUCCCGAAUUCAGGUUGCCGGACUCAAGAUUUCCUGUAGAGGGAGCUUCUGACCCAGAUAUUGGAUCUAAUGCCUUACUUACUUAUAGGCUCAGCACCAACGAUUACUUUAUUCUAGAAGUAAAAUCAAAGAAUGACCAAAGUAAAUUGGUUGAACUAGUGCUUAAAAAACCGCUGGACAGAGAGGAAAUUCCUGAACACCACUUGACGGUGAUGGCCACCGAUGGGGGCAAACCUGAACUCACAGGCACAGUGCAACUACUCAUCACAGUCCUGGAUGUGAACGAUAACGCCCCCACUUUUGAACGAUCUGAAUACGAAGUGAAGAUAGUAGAAAAUGCAGCCCACGAAACUUUAGUGAUCAGACUGAAUGCCUCCGAUGCAGACGAGGGCAUCAAUCGGGAGAUUUUAUACUCUUUUAAUAGUCUAUCACCACCUGUGAUUAAAGAUAACUUUCAUAUAAAUCCAGAUACAGGAGAAAUUUCAGUCCAAGGUCAUCUAGAUUUUGAAGAUGUUAAUUCCUAUGAAAUUCGAGUUGAUGCGACAGACAAAGGGACUCCCCCAAUGAUUGGUCAUUGCACAGUCUUGGUGGAAGUCCUGGACGCCAAUGAUAACAUCCCCAAUAUCGCAGUGACGUCGUUGUCGCUUCCAGUCAGAGAGGAUGCGCCUCCAGGGACAGUCAUUGCCUCAAUCCGGGUGUCUGACCGAGACUCUGGCGCCAACGGGCAGGUGACUUGCUCACUGUCACCCCCUGGGCCCUUCACACUGGUGUCCACCUUCCGAAAUUACUACUCACUGGUACUGAAAGGUUCUGUGGACCGCGAGAGAGUGCCGGCUUAUGAGCUUGUGGUGACUGCGAGGGACGGCGGGAAGCCAGCUCUUUGGGCCACUGCCAGCGUGUCUGUGGCCAUCGGAGACGUGAACGAUAACGCGCCAGCCUUCGAGCAGCCUGUGUACACUGUGUUUGUGAAGGAGAACAACCCACCGGGCAGUCACAUCUUCACAGUGUCGGCGUCUGACCCGGACGCGCAAGAGAACGCGCUGGUGUCUUACUCACUGGUGGAGAGGCGGGUUGGGGAGCGUCCGCUGUCCAGCUACGUGUCUGUGCACUCGGAGAGCGGCAAAGUGUACGCCUUGCAGCCCCUGGACCACGAGGAGCUGGAGCUGCUGCAGUUCCAGGUGAGCGCCCGCGACGCAGGCUUCCCUCCCCUGGGCAGCAACGUGAGCCUGCAAGUGUUUGUUCUCGAUGAAAACGACAACUCUCCGGUGGUUCUGCCCCCUCACUCAGGGUCGGGAGCGGGUGGGGUCCCAGGAACCCAGCUGGUAUCCCAGUCGGUGACAGCAGGCCACGUGGUGGCCAAGAUCCGAGCAGUUGACGCGGAUUCUGGUUACAAUGCCUGGCUGUCUUAUGAGUUGCAGCCGGAGUCGGGCGUUGGUCGCAGCCCCUUUCGCGUGGGGCUGUACACUGGUGAGGUCAGCCUAACACGAGCUCUGGAGGAAUCUGACGGGCCGAGGCAGACGCUGCUGGUGCUGGUGAAAGAUCACGGAGAGCCAGCCCUGUCUACCACAGCCACUGUGUAUGUCUCAAUGGCGGAGAAUGGACAGACUUCAAAGCCUUUUUCAGGGGCUUCCGGGAUCGCGGCAAAGGCUGGCGUGGGAAAAGAGACAGCGCUGGUGGAUGUGAAUGUUUAUUUGAUCAUCGCCAUCUGCUCAGUGUCCAGCCUGUUGGUGCUGAGUCUACUGUUGUAUGUGGCACUUCGGUGCUCCGCUCCUCCACAGGCCUCGUAUGGGUCUGGCAAGCCGACAUUGGUGUGCUCAAGUGAAAUGGGCAGUUGGUCUUAUUCUCAGCAGCGGCGGCAGGUGUGCUCUGGAGAAGGGGCGGCCAAGAAAGACCUCAUGGCCUUCAGCCCUAACCUCCCUCCGUGUCCUGUUUCUGGGGAAAGAGGCCAGAAGCAGGAGGCAGACUUGGAUAGCCCAGGGAAGGUGGGUGACUAUUGA